UGCAGUCUUGUGCCCGUUGUGCCCGUCGUCGACGGACAACUGUUGCGAUGUUGUCUGUACCCUAAUCGAUGAUGCGUCCGACGAGCUGCAUCUUGGAAUGUCCCCUCUCUCUCUUUCUCUCUCUCUGAUCCCAAGGCUUGCUGCCGGCGGGAGCUUCGAUUCCAGUGCGCGUCGAUUCGAACAUCCGUCUCACUCUUCAUCUCUCGCGGCAGCUGCGAUUUGACUCUUUUUCUUUUUUACUCUGUGUGAGACGACGAAUGUCCGCAUCAGUGUCCGAAUCGCCACUGAAUUAGCCCUCGAUUGCCGUCGGAGGUUUCGUGAGAGAUGUUGCUCGAGUUUCGGGACACGCAUAUGCUUUAGAGAAUAAAAGGUGAGGAACGAGAAACGUCCGGGGACGAUGAAGAUGAGCUUUCCAGUGAGCACUGUUUGUGCUCGGUGAGGUUGUACCGAUGACGAGAAGAAUGGGAUACUUUUGCUUGGAGAUCAAGUCCGGUGAUCGAUAGCGUGAGUGACUAUUGUACAUGCGAUCUUUGAGAGAUUUCUCCCGUUUCUAUAUCUUGCCCAAAUGAAGAGCGUUAAAAUGCUAAAUUUUCAACAUUCCAAGUCCCUCGCAGCAGCUCCAUAGUUGGUAGAAUUCGACAUGUCAGAAGAUCUUGGGACUCUCAAAGUAGCAAAAUGAAUCUCACUUGUCGGCACUCCACGCAUGUUGAAGUUGGAGCCUGUCAUAAGAAGGCAUCUCUGCUCGCGAUCCGUCUUGUACCUUCUCCUCCGUUCCGCACUCGUCGUACAUACAUUGUAGAUACAUGAAGCACUCUCGAAGCCACUUCUCAAAUGUACCUUGAUCCAGGAGUCCACAAACGGCGCUAGAUAUCGAGCGCACCAUCAAGUCCUCUUAGUCCGGAUAUUCCUUCGCUAUGAUUCUACGUGUGUAGGGCUGCCAGUUGCCAGGCAUGCAACUGGCAUGCAACUGGCAUAAACCCUCAUGAGUUUGUUAGUAAAGCGCGAGUAUCGGGUGGUGGACAAUGGCACCAGUUGAUGCAUGUCUUGCCCCACCCCGUUGAUUUUAGCACUCUCCACCAAAAGCCACGAAGAAUGUUUCUUACAGGAACGGUGACUCGAGCUUGCGGAAACUUUCUUCUGACAAUGACAUCCGAAGACAAUGAAGACCGUGUGUCGUUGAUAAAUCGGCCAGGAGUAAGUGCAAUUUGCGGACUCGAGAAUAUGCGAUAGCUGAACUUGCUUUGUGUGAUCAGCGAGCAAAGUGAGGAGGUGGAGCAGGAGGAGGAGGUUUAGGCAGGAGGUAUGGUCGAACUUGGGCUGCAGGAUCAGAAUGUUUUUCUAAAUGCUGGAAUUUGUGAGCAAGGCCGUCCCACACGCUUCUGCUAACUUCAGUAAGGUCGGAACGAGUAAACCGCUCGCAAUUUUGUCAGUAGACGUGACGUCACGCAGUCGACAUUUUGCAACAAGCUCUUGCUGCCCAACAGACUGCUCCGCUCGCUCCCUCGGCUGCUGACAUACAUGAUCGCUGCAAACUCAGAGUCAAGUAGGUUGUGAGUGAGGCCCGGUAUCUUGACUUGAUAUAGCGCAGAGGAGUAGGAGCUUACGCAGAGCUCUUGAGUGAAUGAAUGAAUGACUGACACACAACAUGUUCAGUCUACUAAGUACACUUUCUCUGAUUACUACCUUCAACGACUCUGAAUGACAAGUGUCGUUCCAUGUUCGAGACCGGCAGCUCUGGCCGUCUGUACCCUGCUCGGCUAGCAAAUCAGUGAGAUCAUGCAGUCCCUCGGCCUCGAGCGCUAGGUAGCCGAUCUAUCAAGCGCGUGCCAUCGAGCAGCUGCCGAAAGUACCGGCGGCUUGUCUUUCCAAUACCUUAAUCGUUGAGAGAUGAGCGCGUCCGACGGCGAUUCGUUCGCUUAAUAGAGUUUAUUCUGUUCGGUCAAUGUCGGCAAGGCUGCCACUUGAGAGUCUUUCCGGUGGAGGUUUGUGAGUAAGAAGACAUGGACGAUCUUGCAAGGGUGGCGGUUAUCAUCGUAGCCAAGCUCAUUGUUUGAGAACAGACCUCCACCCGGUGCGUAUUGUACGCCUUCUGCUUUUGGGAUUGUUUGUUCCAAUAUCCGAAUGAUGAUAUGUCAGUGAACUUUAAGCCGAAGGUUUGAGAUUCUCCAAAGCGCUACUAAUUACAGUUGCUUAAGGGAUACGAUUCUUUCAGAGAGCACGGAGGGUUGUGUCCUCGAUGAAGCAUCGAAGUGAGCGUAUAGGGACUGCCGUCAGAGCACUCCUCAGCCGUUGAUUAUGGAAAAAAUGUGAUGAGUUUCGGGUUCGUAAGAUCCCUAUCUAAUUUUUCAUUUCUGUCUAAUAAUUUUUUGUCACUCGAACAUAUUAAGC